UUCACAUACUUAACAAGGGUUUAAGAAGCAGACCGGAGAGAAGCUAUCAAGACGGUGACCGGAAAAUCUGCGUCAGCAGCGCCACAUUGAAGGGGAUGACGGAGAUGGUGAGACUUCGGGUUGUGUUCGAGGAUCCAGGCAUGCUGAGCAAGUCAAAGAAGAAGGAAGGAUUGAGGCGUUGUUGGUUUCUGCUUAAACCCCAACACAGCACCAUUUCGGAUGUUGCCUCUCACCUGCACAAAGCUUUCCGUCUCCACCGCACCUGUCCCCGCGGCAUCAUCCUCUUGAUGGAUGAUUUUGUUAUACCAUCUUUUGAGUCCACUUGCAUUCUGAAGGAUAAGGACAUCAUCUGUGUGAAAAGAAAAGGAAGCACACGGACUGAUGUUGAACCUUCAAUGCCUUCAAUGCUGUCACCUGCCCCUCGUCGGCAUUUAGCUAUAGAACUCCCAAAUGAUCUUGCAAAUGAGGGUUUUCAAGUUCAAGAAGAGUUUGGAGCAGAAGAAACCAUGUCCCAAGAGGAUGACGACGACGAAAAUGAUGUUUAUGUGGAAUCUAAAUCAGAUGGGAAGGCAACCUCUAAGAAACGAAAAUCUUCAAGGAAGCUCAAGAGCCCUAGUCAGAAGAAGAUUAAGCUGUCUACUUCUGAAAACUUGUCAGUCAUUCCUGAGGUCCAUGAAGAAGAAAAUGAAGGUGGUAUUCAUCACCAAUUGAGUUUUGUCAAGAAGGACAAGAAGAAGUCUUCCAAUUUAUCUAGCAAGCUUAAUAAGCCAAGCAACCUUGAUAAACAAAAGAAUGACAAAAGUGAUUGUCCAAGUGAUGAAACAAGGUUUGUUCAGCCUCAAGAUGAAAGUGCAACUAAAAAGUUGCCUAGCAGAAGUGCUCGACGGAAGAAAGCUAAAAGAAGAUGGCUGAGGGAACUGAAGCUAGAGAAGGAGAAACAGGAAAAGGAAAUGUUCUUCUCUUCAAAUUGGCAGCUCCGCCAGACUACAGUGCUUGAAAAAGACGGACAAGUAUUACCUAUAAAAGAUAAUAACUGUGUUGCUUCUGAUGUACAUCAACAAUCUGAUGAACAUCAACAAUCUGAUGAACAUCAACAAUCUGACGAAGAGAGUGAAGAUGAUGACACUGUUCCUGUGGAAAUUAGACCAGGGCACAUUCGAUUUGAGCCCCUUAAGAAAGAUCAAGAUCAGGCAGUACCGCAGAAUCAGUUCUCAGUGGAAACAUUUCAGUGGAAUGGAAUCACUAACAAGAAGAAGGGUCAGAAAUGGGGUAAAGAGAGAAUGUCAUUCCAUAAACAUGAUGGCUACGGGGAUUCCAGUCAAGAGUAUGCUACAGUUCAAAAUGCUGAAAAGGAACCCACUUUCAAUGUAGUAGAUUUUGAUAAGCUUCAAUCUUUUACUGGUUUGCCUAAGGAGGGCGAUGUAAUUGCUUAUCGAUUGAUCGAGUUAUCAGCAUCUUUCACUCCUGAACUUUCCUCCUUUAGGGUUGGGAAAAUAUCUCAGUAUGAUUCUAAAACAAACAGGAUUUGGCUGGAACUGGUUUUAGAAUAUCCUUUUGACUUUAAGAAAGAAACAGAGAAGGAUGCAUCUUCUUUUGAACAGUCUGAUGCAUCCCCUUAUGGGGAGGAUGGUUCUUUAGAGAUAGAUUAUGCAUCGCUUGUUGACGUUCGAAUGGUUAAGCAUGGCCAUUUUAGAUCGAAAACUGCAGUUGUUUCUGGUGAUGCAUUUAUAAAUCCAACAAAAGCAACUAAUGGUAGCACUGAUGAAAAACUUAAAGGUGAUCGAACUAGCGCGGUUAGUUGCCAUACAGAAAGGGAAGAAAAUGGGGAAGUAAACGUUUGGGAAGAAAUUAGCAAGGAAUUAGAAGCAAAAAAGGCGAAGCUGUCGCAGGAUGAUGGGUGGAGCAGAGGAAAGAGCUCAAGCUCGAAGUCAUGGUCUCAUAGAGCUAUGAGAUGUAGUGCGUUGGGUCCAACAAUGGCAUUUUUAAGGUCCAACAAUGGUCUUUAAAGAAACAAGCUUGUCCCACAAUGUCACCUUUCCGCAGAAUUUUGGUAUAUAUACAUGAACAACUUACCGAAACCAUCAUCACCAAUGCUGGCUGUAUGUCCUGAUUUCAGCAUACUAUAGGAAAACCGUUUGAAGUUUUAUUCUUUUUGGGAUGUUAUUUUUUGCAGUCCUCAUGAAAUCCAAUUAGAAAAUAGAAUCAACUUCUGCACAUACUUAUGCUUAUAACAUUGAUAUGAAAGAGAAUUCAAAUCAUGAAAUUAAGAUGAGUAAUCACUGACUGUGGAGGUAAAUGGACUAA